AUGGUUCGACCUCUCUCACUCCUCCUUGCCUCCCUCCCCCUUGCCCUAUCUGCCGACUUCGAAAGUGUCACCAUCAAAUCCAACCUCGACAACGUUGGCCACACAUGUAUCAGCAAAUGUCUCUACUACACCGUCUUCAGCGACAUGGGCAGAGCCAUGGGCUGCGACGAUCCCUAUGACAACAACUGCUAUUGCGCUACGGCAGCAGCGUCGGCGUCCCAGGCCGAUAACUUCAUGUCCAAGUGUGUCACAUCGCUGUGUUCCGCCGGUGAUAGGGCCAGAGACUUGACUUCCAUGCAGUCGUACUAUGCUUCGUACUGCAUGGGUGCAGGCUUUACACAGCCAGGUGCCACUGAGUGGUAUAACCCAGCAGAGGCGACAGAGGAGGCCACGGAUGCGGCUACUGCAGAUAGCAGUGAUGGUGGAAGUGAUGCGAGGCCCAGUCGUACGGCCAACUCUGGCGGCGAUGCUACUUCGACUCGCAUGACUGUCAUUACGCAGACGGCAGAGGACGGUGCUGUCAGAACGCAGGUAAUUGUUGACGCUACCUCGACGUACUGGGUAAACAAGGACGGAUCUCCAGCAUCAGCCAAGAAUGGCGAUGACGGUGGUUCCGCUAUCAAGAUUGGUGUCGGCGUAGCAGUUCCAGUAGUCGCUCUCAUCGCUGGCGCCAUCUUUGCCUGUUGGUUUAUCCGUCGGAGACGACAACGCAGGGCCCAACUUUCCCACCCUACCGAACCCCUUACGUCCCUCACCACAGGCGGUGGUCCUACCGUCGUCACCGCUUCUCCGUCUACACCAGAACGAAAAGACACUCUCCAAAGGAAACCAGUCGGUGCUUCAACCAUCUCUUCUGUAUCUUCAUUGUCGAAAACCAACGAGCUAUCUGGUGCUGGGAUUCAGCGUGAGCUUGCCGGUCGCGAGGUGCAUCCCUUCCCCGACAUGACGCCCAGCCCUCCUAUCCAGGUAGCAGGACAACAUGAGAUGACUGGUGACGGUUGGCGACCGAACUUGGAGAUGGAUGGCGGCGAUGCGCGGGUGGAAAUGUCGGGUGUUGCGAGACCUCCUGAAUUGCCUGGGUACACGAACGGAGCGAAUGCUUACACACCGCAUGAAAGUAUUCAGAGGUGGGAGCUGCCAGAUAAUUCUCGUCAGCGAUAA